AAGGCUGCUGGUGUCGAUGAUUCACCGUGUGGUAAUGUUCACGGCGAGAGGAGAGCCAGUGACUGAGCAGAGUGCACCAUCAUGGGGACGAACAUGGUCUCACUGUGGCUGAUAUGGGUGUGUCUCGUGCAGAGCUCUGCGAUGUUGUCUCAUGUAGAGAGAUAUGAGGUGGUCACACCUCGGAGACUCCCGGGCAGACAGAAGAGGAGCCUGCAGGACAACCAGCUUUAUCCUGACACGAUUCAAUACCAGUUAGCCAUUGAAGGGAGGAACCACACAAUGAAUCUGGAAAAAAACAGGAAUCUCAUUGGGAAAGGCUACACUGAGACACACUAUUUAGAAGAUGGGAAACGGGUUACAACAUCACCUAAUGAGGAGCACUGCUACUAUCAGGGUCACAUUGAAGGCAUGGAGGACUCUUCAGUCAGUGUUGGGAUUUGCUCAGGCAUUAGUGGCUAUGUGAGAGCCCAGCAGCAGGUGUACCUGAUAGAGCCUCUGGGACAGUCUGAUAAUGGGGGCCAUGCAGUGUACAGACCGGAGGACUUGAAGACCAUCAACUCCUCGUCCAAAACCCCCCCGCUGUACGACCAGGACCAGGCCCAGGACCCGCGGCUCUCCAGCCUCUUCAAAUCCAGAUCAUGGAAAACCAAACCCGUUUCAGGUCCACAGAAGUUCGUUGAGCUGUUUGUGGUGGUGGACAAUACUGAGUAUAAGCUAUAUGGAAGCGAGACUAAGUCCCGGGUCCUCGGAGCUAUAAAUCACGUUGAUAAGCUGUAUCGAGCUCUGAACAUUCGCGUCAUGCUGGUGGGCUUGGAGAUUUGGACGUACAGAGACUACAUGGAUGUUGACACUAAUUCAGAGACCACCCUGGACCAUUUCCUCCUGUGGCGGCAGGCCGAUCUUCUGAAGAGGAUCAAGCACGACAAUUCCCAAUUUGUGACUGGCAAAGAUUUUGACGGAGACACAGUUGGACUGGCAAAUAAGUUUGCCAUGUGUACCGAAAACUCAGGUGGAGUCAAUCAGGAUCACCAUGGCAACCCAAUAGGCCUUGCCUCUACCAUCGCUCAUGAGAUGGGACAUAACUUUGGCUUGUCACAUGAUGCUGAAGGCUGUAUGUGUGGUCCAUCGUACAGCAGUGGGAACUGUGUGAUGGCAGAAAAACUCAGGACAGGAAAUCAAGCAUUCCCAGAGUUUUUCAGCGGCUGCAGUGUGGAGCAACUAGCCGAGUUCAUGGCGCGGGCGCAGCCCAGCUGCUUGUCCAGACCCAGCUCCAUUACGAACAUCGCUGCAGGUCCUAGCUGCGGCAACAACCUCCUGGACCCCGGAGAGGAGUGUGACUGCGGCCCUGUGGAGGAAUGUCAGAACCCUUGUUGUGAUGCCUCGACUUGUCGUCUGACUGAAGGAUUCCAGUGUGCUCAGGGAGAAUGCUGUAACAACUGCCAGCUCAAACCGGCAGGAGGUGUAUGCAGAAAGUCAGCCAGUGACUGUGACUUGCCUGAAUACUGCACUGGAGAGUCAGAGCAGUGUCCUGAAGACAGCUUUGAGAUGAACGGCGAGCCGUGCUACGACCGGGCGCAGGGCUACUGCUCCAAUGGACAAUGCCCCACACAUCAGCAGCACUGCUGGAGGCUGUUUGGACCAGGGACCAGAGUUGGAUCAGAUGUGUGUUUUAAUCUGAACAAACGGGGCGAAGAAGGUGCAAACUGUGGAAGGGACAAAUUCAGCUACAUCCCCUGCACUGCACCGAAUCUGAAGUGUGGGUCUAUGUUUUGUGAAGGAGGAGGCGAGUCUAUCUCAGGUAAAAGGGCAGACUUCCGCUUGUUCGGCUUAGAAUGUAAACUAGCAGUGGAUGACGAUAAGACCAGAAACAUCGACAUGGUGCCAAAAGGAACCAAAUGCGGACCAAACAAGGUUUGCCUUGACAACAGAUGUGUGGAUAUGUCAGUUUAUGGGAAAAAGGAGGACUGUUCAAAGAAAUGCAACAACAAGGGGGUGUGUAACCACAAGAACGAGUGCCACUGUAACCCUGGCUGGGCUCCACCCUACUGUGACAUCCAGUAUGCAGAUUUACCUCAAGUUCAGAGUGGGAUAAUAGCCGGAGUGUGUGCAGCUCUCUCCAUCCUCCUGACCAUCACCGCGGUGACUGCAGGGCUGAUGUGUUGUAAAAAGGACAACACGGACAACUUCACCUACAAAAGGAAAGUGAAUUCUGCUCCAGACAAGCUGAACCCGAUGUUUCAGGACGGGAGUGUUAAAGACAGACCUCAGAUCAGUGCGCCCACUUUCAUGGCGUCAACAGCAACACAAGCCUACGCUCCUCUGGUUGUUACCGUGACUCCCAGCAGAGCCGCUCCACAGCCACCAAAGAAACUGUCUCCAGUCUCUCCUACAGCACAAACUGAGCCGGCAAAAUGUCUACCUCCAUCUCUGCCUCCUCUGAGUAAACCUCAGUUGAAUGCAGCCAAACCAGCUCCUCCUCCUGUACCUCCAGUCAAGCCUAGCCCCCCUCCUGCUGCCAGAGUCAAGCCUAGCCCCCCUCCUCCGCCCCCAGUGAAGCCAAAGACAUUCAGACUCACAUGAAAGUCUCAAGCAGAAAAACAUCCAGCAUAGUCGUAUAUAUGGAAAAAGAGCGAUCCUUUUUGGGUCAUAUGUGAGUCACAGAUUCCAAAAACGUUUGUCUUGAUGCGUGAGUGACCGCGGCUUCACCGACUGAGAAUGUCUUUGAUGACCAACAGCUCCACGCGGCUGUAGAAAAGUGAUUAUGGGGUGGAAAAAGAGUCUCAAUUUAUUUAACUGCCGGUACAGUUGUUUGUCAAAAAAAGUUUUUCCUGCUCACGUUUUCCUGUGUUCUCUCUACAGCGUGGGCAAAAUGGUGCUCAUUUGAAAAUGUAUAUUAAUAUGUAUUGAAUGUCUGUGCAAGGGACUGUAUGUAAGUAAGGGGUAUUUAAGUAGAAUUCAAUGAGGGUACAUUUCCGUAUUUCCGUAAUAUCUAAAUUGUGUCUUACAUGCAGAGGUGGGAGAAGUACUCAGAAGUACCAGGGAAAUCCUGCAUUCAGAAUGUUACUCAAGUCAAAGUACAAAAGCAUUAGCAUCAAAAUAUAGUACCAAAAGUAAAAGUAGUCAUUGUGCAGAUUGGUCCA